UUGGGCUGCUGGAGUCAGGGGGUUCGGGUAGGGCUCUCUAGGCCUGCGGCGAAAUAACCCCGGGCACGGGCCUGCGGGACCCGAUAAGGCUGUGAAGGAGCCUAAUCAUCGGCUGCAGGCGUGACUUUCACCUCGCAGCGCCUUCUGCAUCCCCCCCCCCCCGCCCCGCACCGGGGGCUGCAAGCGCAGGGAGCCGCGGUGCUUCACUCGGCCUGAUCCCUUCUCUCCCGCAGCCCGGAGGAGGGCCGCCUGACGGCUGAGUUGCCAUGGCAUCCUACUACGAGAUUCUAGACGUACCGCCGAGUGCGUCUGCUGAUGACAUCAAGAAGGCGUACCGGAAGAAGGCUCUGCAGUGGCAUCCGGACAAGAACCCAGAUAAUAAGGAGUUUGCUGAGAAAAAAUUUAAGGAGGUGGCAGAGGCCUAUGAAGUACUAUCUGACAAGCACAAACGGGAGCUCUAUGACCGCUAUGGCCGGGAAGGGCUGACAGGGGCAGGAACUGUUCCCUCUCAACCAGAAACUGGUGGGAUGGGACCUGGCUUCACAUUCACCUUCCGUAGCCCCGAGGAAGUCUUCCGGGAGUUCUUCGGGAGUGGAGACCCCUUCUCGGAGCUCUUUGAUGACUUGGGCCCCUUCUCGGAGCUUCAGAACCGGGGUUCCCGACCCUCUGGUCCUUUCUUUGCCUUCUCUUCCUCCUCUCCUGGCCACUCUGAUUUCUCCUCCUCGUCUUUCUCCUUCAGCCCUGGGGCUGGUGCUUUUCGUUCUGUUUCAACGUCCACUACCUUUGUCCAAGGACGCCGCAUCACCACGCGCAGAAUCAUGGAGAACGGGCAGGAACGGGUAGAAGUGGAGGAGGACGGACAGCUGAAGUCAGUUUCAAUCAAUGGUGUCCCAGAUGAUCUGGCACUAGGCUUGGAGCUGAGCCGCCGUGAGCAGCAACCUUCAGGCACCUCCAGGUUGGGGGGCACACAGGUCCGGCCGACCGCUGUUUCCCGUCCCACUGACAGCGACCUUUCUGAGGACGAGGACCUGCAGCUUGCCAUGGCCUACAGCCUAUCAGAGAUGGAAGCAGCUGGGCAGAAGCCCGCAGGUGGGCGGGGGGCACAGCAAGGCUGGCAGGGGCAAUCCAGGGCCCAGCCCCAAGACCUUGAUAUGGGAGGCACGCAUAAGGGGGCGAGGGGCGAGGCAACCAAACCCAGCCCUUCAGAGGAGAAGGCCUCUCGAUGCCUCAUUCUCUGAAAACCAGGCUGAGCCUGACCUGAUUCAGGUUCUGACCCAGAGUCCAGCUCACUGUGGGGCGUCCAAAAUUGAGUGUGGCCUGAGUUAUAGGAUCCCAAACUCUGUCCCUCCUCAAGUUUCCUUCCCAGGCCCAUCAUCCUACAGCAUGGACCAGGCAUUUGUUAUGCUCUGUUUGGGGCUGAUAAAUCCCUGGGCAAAGCCCGGGAUUGGGGGUAUCGGGGGCCACGAAAGGGCCUGUGGAGCCCAGAGGCACUGGCUGGAUCUGGCACUGCUGAGGGGCAUUAGUGGUUUGGGGUUGGGUCUUUUGUGCCCACGUCUUCUGCUGCCAUCUGUGUUGUUGAUGCUAUCAAGGAAAGAGGCCUUGGCCUGGCGUCCCCUGGGGAGCAGCGCAGGCCGAGCGGAGCCUCUGCUGUCCUUACCCAGCUGCAGGCCUCCUGGUCUCUGCGCAGAACCGAGUCCUCACCUGUCACCGUCUCUGUUUCCCCCCUGGUGCUGCUCUCCUGCUCCACACUCCGCAACUCCCUGUGGCUGCAUCGCUUGCUUUCACUGCUGCUUGGCUAGGACUCCCUCCUCCUCCUCCUCCUCCUCCUUCUCCUCCUCUCUGAAGCUUCAGUGUGCCCAAGGAAGAUGCUGGGGCCAGUGGGGCCAUGAGAUCUUCUGGGGAGGCUAGCUAGGUGGGGUGGAAGCCUCUCAGCCCUCCAGAGUCUCCACCAGAGUCAACUCCUCUUCCCUUCUCCUUGCUGCCUCAGCCUGCCCUGGCCACAGGACUAGGCAGAGGUGAGGCUGGCUAUCCUUGGAGAGGUGGGAUAGGGCCAGGGUGACCCAGUGGGAGGCCUAGGUGGGGGACUACAUCCCUACUACUUGUCUAUCAUGCAUUCGAACACAGGGCUUGGCCUAGGUGUGCAUGCUCGGCUCCACCCCCCCAUCUGCUUGCAGCUGACUCCCCUCUCCUGUCACCCACCCCUGCUCUCUCCCCAGAUGUGUUCUGAGCUGGAUACCCUGGAUACAGAGUUGCUGCCGUUCCACCAGGACAGCGCCCUCCCCAGUGGGCUAGGAGGGAACACUACAUCCCUCUCCCCUACUUACGCUGAGUGUAGGGCUGGGGCCUGGGUGGUGGGUGGGGACUGAGUGGGAGGCACCCAUAGUCUUCUUAGCCUCUGAACUCUCUCCCCUGGGUGCUUAGUGCUGUCUCUUGCGGAUUACAAGUCCCAGAGUGCAAUGCACCCUGGCCUCGUUUCUGAUAGUUCUUAUCCCAGGGGAAGUGGUGCUUGAUUAUAAAGCUGGGCUUCUUGGGAUAUGUAGUUCCAACCCUAGCUAGCCUGCCAAUCUGAAUGGGGAGAUCUCAUCUUUCAUCUUGUCUCUGGAAGGGGUGGUGAGAAUUGUGGAAGAAGGAGAAAAGACCAGAACCAUAGUUCUGAUACCUCUUGCUAGACCCAGCUUGGAGUGAGCACAGUCGAGUCCUGUAGCCUCUGGAAGGUUGUUUCCCUUGGGCAACCUGGGGUUCCAGGACUAAGUUAGUGGGACAGUGGCCUGAGCAGGUAUGGCGUGGUCCUGGAAGGCUGAUGGCUGUGGGCUGGCAGAGCGUGGGAGAGGAGGCUGUCUUGGCUGGAGUGUGUAUGGCGAAGAUUGGCAUGCAGAGGAAGUGUUGGACAUACCGCUUGAACGGCUUUCUUUGGCCUCUGACCUUGCUGCCCAUUCUUUCUUACCAUCAUCCAUCCCCCGUGAGCCACCUGUCCUCCUGCCUGGGGAGUCCACGGCCAGUGAGGGGAUUGGUGGAACAGGCUGCGGCCAGCCCCUGUAACACCGAGCCUCUGAGGCCGGUCAAAGCCAGAUGAACUGAGCUCAGACUCAGGGAAAAUGGAAGCUAAUAAAGCUGAAAUUUGAGA